AUGGAGGGAAUUGAUUGGCCGCCGCGGCUACUGCUGGUGCUACGGCGCCACUUGGAGCAGGUAGAGCACCCCGAGUUUCCGCGGACCCCGCCACUCACCACCACCGCCACCCAAAGGACCGUCCUGACGUUUCUUCUUGACGCUCAUGAAUGCGCCCGGCAGCUCUCAAAACUAUCGGAGCCUUUUGUCGACUGCUGUCAGAACCUUGUGCUAGACACCAUCGAGCAGUGCUGCGCCUCUUCGUUCCUCUCGUCGAGGGAGCGACGCGUCAUUAAUCUUUUGGCGGUGCAGUGGGAGAAGCGGUCGGAGGGGCGGCACGGGCUGAAGCGACGCCACAACGACAAGGCCGCCAUUCCACCAGCCACAUCGUCACAUAAAUGUGCGGCGGUGCUACCUUUGGAGUAUCUUCUUCGCUUUUUCCUGGCGCUGCCGUCUAUUUUAGCUCACUAUGACAAACUUGGCGGCUCCACCAUGCCUGCAUCAUACAAGCAGCCACUAUGGGACUACGUGAACGCCAUUCUUAGCAUCAUGAAAGGUAUGGAGUUUGUUGACCCCGCCGCGUAUGUUCUUUUGAAAUGA